CACUGAUUUUUCAGAGGGGGUCACUCUCGGUGCAUAAAUUGUUACACACCAGAAGAGGGAGGGGUAUGUAGGAUAAGCAGAGGGCGUGAUGUUGGAGUGUUGCGCUUGAAUCUUGGGAAGCUUUUAAUCUUCACCUUGUGUAGUGUGCCCUGUGUUUGUAAAAAGUUUGCAUCUUUUACUUGGGUUUGGCUUCUUGAAUCUUGGUUAGAAUGGCAGCUUCGCAGUUCAGCAUUGUUCGCUGUUGGAGGAGGGAAAAUCCGGCCAGAUUUGUAUUUUUCUUCCUAUGCUUAUUGUGUCUAAUCUCGCUAUCACGCGCCGGUAGGCUCCCUGCUUCUAGACAGAAGCUCGAAGUUCAGAAGCACUUGAAUAGACUCAACAAACCUCCUGUUAAAACCAUUCAGAGUCCAGAUGGGGAUAUCAUUGACUGUGUUCACAUCUCUCAUCAGCCAGCUUUCGACCACCCAUUCCUCAAAGACCACAAAAUUCAGACUAGGCCUAGCUACCAUCCAGAAGGGCUUUUUGAUGAGAAUAAGAUAUCCAGAGAGCAUAAAGAGAGAGCAAAUGAUAUCACUCAGCUUUGGCAUAUGAAUGGUAAGUGCCCUGAGGGCUCCAUACCCAUAAGGAGAACAAAAAAGGAAGACAUUUUGAGAUCAAGCUCUGUGAAAAGGUAUGGAAAGAAGAAACACAGAACUAUUCCCAAGCCAAGGUCUGCAGAUCCUGACCUCAUCAAUCAAAGUGGUCAUCAGCAUGCUAUAGCAUAUGUUGAAGGAGAAAAGUAUUAUGGAGCAAAAGCAACGAUUAAUGUGUGGGAACCCAAAAUACAGCAGCCUAAUGAGUUCAGCCUAUCUCAGAUAUGGGUUUUGGGUGGUUCCUUUGGUGAAGAUCUUAACAGCAUUGAAGCUGGUUGGCAGGUCAGUCCAGAUCUCUACGGUGACAACAACACCAGGCUCUUCACUUAUUGGACUAGUGAUGCAUAUCAAGCCACAGGUUGCUACAACCUUCUUUGCUCUGGCUUCAUUCAAGUUAACAGUGAAAUAGCAAUGGGUGCAAGUAUCUCCCCAGUUUCUGCCUCUAGAAAUUCCCAAUACGAUAUUAAUAUCCUUGUCUGGAAGGAUCCAAAAGAGGGAAACUGGUGGAUGCAGUUUGGCAGUAACUAUGUGUUGGGGUAUUGGCCGUCUUUCUUGUUCUCCUACUUAGCAGACAGUGCUUCCAUGAUUGAAUGGGGUGGGGAGGUUGUAAACUCAGAACCCAAUGGGCAGCACACCUCGACUCAAAUGGGCAGUGGUCGUUUCCCAGAAGAAGGGUUUGGCAAGUCAAGCUAUUUCAGGAAUAUUCAACUUGUUGACAGCUCCAACAAUCUCAAGGCUCCCAAAGAUCUUGGCACCUUCACUGAGCAAUCCAACUGCUAUGAUGUCCAAACGGGCAGUAAUGGAGAUUGGGGUCAUUACUUCUAUUAUGGAGGUCCCGGUAGAAACCCUAAUUGCCCGUGAACUUAAAUGUAUCAUUCAAUGUAGUCUAAUGCCUACCUCUCUAUGUACAACUCUUUCUCAUUUCUUUUUCAUUUUUUCCAAGUUUGUUCGGUAAAUGGGAUCCUUGUAGUUGGCAAGUUUUGACCUUUCUGUUUUUUUCUCCAAUGUAAUUGAAUGGAGAAAUAGCCUAGUUUCUUUGUUAAAUACUCCAACUUGGAGUGCUUUUAGUCAAAUUAAUGGAUGAAUGAAGCUUCUGAUUUU